GCAUAGACGGUCACACAUCCAUAGGUAGCAAGCAGGGUGAGCUGAAAAUAACGGAGAAGCCUUACAAUGGCCACAGCUACCCUUCAGACAUUUAACGUGUUCCUGACGGAAAGACUAACCGCAGCUGCGGUGGACAUCUACGGAUUCGUUGAGAAGACCCUGGUAGAGUACCAGGAGGAGGUGUACCGAGCCAAGCUGGAGAACCAGAGGCUGCAGCGGCUGCUGGACCUCGUCUACAAACCAGAGAUACGGCUGCACAGGGCAGAUGCCAAACAACAGCCAACUGAGGACAUUCCACCUAAACAGCAAGAGUGGAGCUCGAGUGUGUGGCAGGAUGAGCCGGGACCCUCCGAGGUUAAAGAGGAGCAGAGGGAGGAACUGUGGCUCAAUGGAGGCGAGGAGCAACCAACGAUGGAAGACAGCGAUGACGGAGAUGCCUUGACAAAAGAACUCAUCAAAACAGUGCAGCAGUUAGAGGACUGCAGAGCAGCAGAGGAGAGCAGAGCGUCGAGGCAAACAUCUGCAGAUGAACCAAACCUUCUGGAAGAGAAGACUAGCACCACCCUGUACCGCUGCCACAUAUGCAACUACAUUUUCACCAAAAAGACUGUGCUAACGUGGCACCUCAAGACACAUGAAAGCAAGCCACAGGAGAGCAAGAGCAACUUUGACUGCCACAUCUGCGGCAAGCACAUUCCCUGCCAGAGCAACCUGCAGAAUCAUAUGAGAGUGCACACAGGAGAGAGACCCUACAGCUGCCAUUACUGCGGCAAGUGUUUUAAGCUGAAAGGACACAUGACAGAACACAUAAGGACUCACACAGGGGAGAAACCUUUCAGCUGUCACAUCUGUGACAAAUCCUUCAACAGGGGUUCUACUCUGAGGAAGCACGUUCUAGCCAAACAUAAAGAGGAGAGGCCGUACAAAUGCGGGGACUGCGAUGAGCUGUUUACAGAGCGGCUGCUGAUGAAGAGGCAUAUGAGAAAGGUUCACGGCAUUAACCUGUCCACAAGUCAGAGUCCCACCUGAGAGGUGUUAGAGCUGAUGGCGCAUGUAGUCGAAAAUCUGAGUACAGAACUGAGCUUGUCUUUUGAAAUUUUCAACAUGUACACAACAAAAUCAGCAAAGCAGCCAGACUGCCAUAAAUGGGACUGAAUCCAAACACUCAUGCCAACUCCAAAUGUUGUCCAGAGAUUGCAAUAAGAUAGAAAAUAUACUGAAAUUGGCUUUAAAUUUGAAAUUGUGGGUUGUAUACUUAUAUGCAGGUUGGAUGGAAAAUGAACUCUCAUGUGUCUGCAGUAAUUAUUGGACUGGAGUCAAGAGACCAUUAGUUUGACUACAAAUUAUGCACCAGUGUAGGGCGUGACAGUGGAUCCAAAGACUUUAUUCCGAUACUUAAUGGCAGCCGGGGUGAUGUUGGUUAGCCGUAGAGGUCUCUGUGUCCAUCCAUGGAUAUGCUUCUGCAGACCACCACCAAUGCAAUCAUUCUGAACAAUGUCACAAGCAGCGUAAUGUUCUUUCACGUCUGUCACAUGUGCUCAGGGUGAACCUGCUCUCAUAUGGGAAAAGCAAAUAGUCCCAGUGGUAUACCUGCCAGUUCUGGUAUUCCAUGGAAAGUUCCAGUCACACUCCACAGCGUCGGGCAGUGAGCACAGGGCUCACUAGAGGCCCUCAUGAAGUCUGUUGACGAUUAUUUGGUCUGAGACUUUCACAUGCUGGAGUCCAUUUUGUGGCUCUGACAGUGCUCACAGACUGGUUCCAUUGGGGGGCGGGGUCAGUGGUCUCCACCUGUAAAACCUGUUUUGGGGAUUGUCUCAUUGUUGCUCCUCUUGUGAACCUCUUGGUAAUUUCAGCUGAAACUGAUUAACAGCCCUUUCUGCUACUUAGCUGACAACAUCAAUAUCCCAGAGAUUUCAGUGGCUUAAUGUCACACUCCGAUUACAAAGUGUUUUUUAAGCAGCACUUUGUUGUUGUAACAAGACAAACCAGCAGCUAAAAGAUUACUGAUUUAUAACAAAACAAGAUGGGAACAAAUAAUGACAAAAACAACAUAAACGAAAAAGACAAAAAUACUUUUUUCCAUCUAACUUGCAUACAAGUACAUUUCCCCAAGUGCCUAUGAAGUUAUGAUAGAGGGAACAGUUUAUUACCGAUCCCGGGUUUUUGCUGAGGUAAGCUAACUUCUUCCUGACUCGGACACUAAAAAGAUACUGAUUAAAAAUGUACUUUUUAAAAUAUUCCCAUUUAAUUCAACCAAGCAUUCUUAACUACUUUCAGUGCUGAGCAGGACUUUAAACACUGGAAAAUACAGGUUUGGACAGUUCAGUAACCAGCACCUGUAGAGACUACGUACAAAACACACGUUGGCCAGCUGAAUAUUUGUUUUUCAUAUGCACAAUACUGUAGAUACAGCUGGAUGCUGGAGGACUGUUUGUCUACUGCUUUUCUGGUACUGUGGACUACUUACUAAACUCUACAUUCCUGUUCUGUUUAGAGCCUCUAAUAAACACUAACAUAUUUGGCAAACACGAGUAUUAAACAGAUGACAAAGUUCAACCUGAUCGAAAAAUAGUUUUUAAAUCUAAAUUGCACCAUAAUAUCAAAUGAUGCUGUACGUCAUGUGUUACUGAUGUUGCACUGUAAAAUAGAUUUAUAUACUGUAUAUAUUUUGCCAAAGUUAUUUCACGAUGAUCCUGUUAUGUGAACAUAAAAAUAUAAAGCUAA